AUGGCUGCACGCAGCCCUCUGCCCCUCAACCUGCGCCGCGGGCUGGCAGCCUUCAGCGGCUGCCUCUUCAUCAGCAACAAGACGCGGGACAGCGGCGCUGCCCACAGCUACCACCCAGCCCACGAGGUGCUGUCCAGCCUGCCCCUCCAGAUGCUGCUCUACUUCAACGUCUACUACUUCCCAGUCUGGUGCCUGGCCGAGGGGAUGAUACUGCAGCUGAAGUACCACCUGCUGCCUUGGCACUACCAGUUCCUGCUGGUCACUGCCUUCCUCAUCCUCUCACUGGCUGAGUGCUCCCGCCUCUACCUGGGCUACGUGGGGAACCUGCAGCAGAAGGUGCCCGAGCUGGCUGGGUUCCUUCUGCUCUCCUUCCUGAUCCAGCUGCCCCUCCUGCUCUUCCUGCUGACGGACAGCCACGUCCUGGUCCUGCCGCUGGAGGUGGCUGUGCACAGCCUCCUCUUGGCCUUCCUCGGCGCCGAGAUCGCAGCUGCCUUCCUUGCACUGAGGACCAUGACCAAGCAGCUGGCUAUGCAGUUCUACCUGCAGCAGCUCAAGGAUGGAGCCAAGAAACUUCUGCUGCACGUUGCUCCAGGCAAGGCAGACCCUAAACCCCAGCAGUGGGGACACAACUGA